AUGUCCUACGAUCGCUACAUUGCCAUCUGCAGACCCCUGCACUAUGAGACACUCCUGGGCAGCAAACUUUGUGUCUAUCUGGCAGCAGCUGCCUGGGCCUGUGGGGUUCUCAAUUCUCUCCUGCACACAGCCAAUACAUUUCCCCUGUCCCUCUGCCAGGGCAAUGCUGUGCACCAGCUCUUCUGUGAAAUCCCCCACAUCCUCAAGCUCUCCUGCUCCACAUCCUACCUCAGGGAACUUUGGCUUCUUGUGGUCACUGCCUGUUUGCCAUUUGUCUGUUUUGUGUUCAUUGUGGUGUCCUAUGUGCAGAUCUUCAGGGCAGUGCUGAGGAUCCCCUCUCAGCAGGGACGCCACAAAGCCUUUGCCACCUGCCUGCCUCACCUGGCUGUGCUCUCCCUGUUUAUUACUACUGGUUUCUUUGCCCAUCUGAAGCCCUCCUCCAUCUCCUCCCCAUCCCUCAAUCUGGUGGUGUCAGUUCUGUACUCAGUGGUACCUCCAGCAGUGAACCCUCUCAUCUACAGCCUGAGGAACCAGGAACUGAAGGCUGUCCUGAGCAAACUGCUCCCUGGUUGCUUUCAGAAGUAA